AGUUGCUUAUUCCAGAACCGGUCAAUGCCCGAUAAUGAAAAUACGGAGGCAAUGGACAUCAAUGAGUUAUACUUGAAGAAUAAUAGCUUCGGAGUCAUUGAUGCUCAAGAUUCGGAUGCCGCUCGCUUCAAGUCAGAACGCAUAAGAAGUCUUGUUUUGCGUGUACUCGGCGUUGGUGAAAAUGUUGCUCCGGAAUUUGCGUUGCAGACAUCUCUCACAGAUGAAUGCGCCAAAAGGCUCACGGAUACAGAGCUUUUGAGUUCAGAUUCUUACAAAAACGCUAUACACGACCUAAUCUUCCUUCUGGUUUCGUCUAUUGCCUCAACUUCGGACGUUGCUAUGGAAGUGGAUGCAGAGGACUCACUUGGGUCAGUGCUCUUUAUACCUGAGCUGGAUAGAAUACAAAAUACAAAGGAGUCUAUGGCCCUCCAUUAUCUGAUGUCAACUUAUAGCCGGCUGAAUACUGAGAGCCGCAAUGAGUUUUUCCAAGAUUAUGAGAAGCAGAUGUGCCUAGACCUCCGUGAACUAGUGUUAUCGAACGUUGUCACCUUACUUCGUGGCUACUGCGAACCUUAUUUGUCUGGAAAGCUGGCCCGUUCAUCUCUUGUUCGCCUUCUUUAUUCUAAUCUCGUGUCAAAUGUUUUUCUGGGCGAUAUUAUUGCGUACUGCGCAAAACACGAGGCUGAGGCUCUAUCUGAGGUUUUUAAUCCUAUACUCAGUCAACAGCGAAACUCGAUGAUCUUUCAACAUAUGAUGAAGAAUCGUGAUGAUUGCGUGCACUUACUCUUCCGCGCUGUCAUACAAUUGCUUUCUAUACGAAUUGAUGGAAGGCGACCCAUAUGUGACUUGAUGGUGGAACGUGCCGACUUUUUACCUGAGCUUGUCACUGGAAUAACAGGUCGCGAAAUUGCUCAUCUCUCCUACCUCGGCCCCUUCAUCAGUUAUGGUAUUCCUUGUGACGAGUUUGUAACUCCAUUGGCAAGCAAGUUUUUUGGUGAUAACGAAACGCCUAAAGCGGAGGCAUUGAAUAUGAUGUACGAGAGUUAUCGUAGAAGGUUUGAGACCACUAGAUCGUUGAUGCACCAAAUAGUCCAUCAAUUAGUAGCAAAUCCAUCGUCGCGCAGCCGAUGCUUGGAUUAUUUUGCCGUUGUGAUCAAGCAGAACGAGAAGAGAGCGCAAAUGAGGGCUGAUUUUGCUACGCUUGCUUCCCACACUUUUAUGGUGAAUCUCAUGUGCGUGAUGUUCGAACUUUCAUCAAAAAUCGACAUCUCGAAGGUCAAUCCUAUGUAUCCAUUCCAAUCAAACAGUCGAGUGGAUAUCGCUGAGAAGACGAGGCUGAAGAUGGACCUUCAGACAGGAAAGGACUUCGCUGAAAAAUGUCCUGCUGGAGAUGACAAAUUUACAACGGAAUGUUUUUUCCUGACUAUGCAAUGCCAAAAUAUUUGUCUGCAACCUGGCGUGAAUCGCCUCAGAAGUUUAAGACGACACAUUGUGGAUAUACGGGAGCAAAUCAGGGAACUACAAGAACAGCUAAAUCGUGUUCCUGAGGGUAUCUUCGCAGAACACGAGAAGAACCGUAUAAGUCAAAAAAUCAAACACAGGACGGAGCAGAAAUUGUCUUUCACUCACACUGCAAUGUGCUAUGAAUGUAUGUUGGCCGACCCAUCUUUUAUUAGCUUGGCGUUGGAUUUUUCGAGCAAGCAACUACAGUUGUUACUAAAUGCGAUCACUCCCAAUUUCCGCUACGAAAGCGAGUUACCAGCUGCUGCUCCCCAGCUAUUUGCAGCUUAUCCGGAGUUUUAUCUGGAUGAUGUUCUCGACCUUGUGACGUUUGCAUUGAAACAAGCUGCCGCACUUCUUGUCGGCCGCAACAACGACUGGCCUAAUCAUCUACUUGUCUUCAUAUGCUGCACUCAUUAUUUCAACAAUCCAUUCCUUGCUGCCAAGGUGGUCGAAGUCGUGAUGAUGCUUACUCCAGCAGUCAUGCCUGCUGCCCAAAGCCUCUGGUAUCAAGUGAUCAACAGUCCAAUGGCAAUGGAAAAAUUGUUUCCUAGUCUUGUAAAGUUUUACUCGGAUGCUGAAGCUGGGACGGAUUUUUACGAAAAGUUCAGCAUAAGGCGUAAUAUCCAGGUGAUAUUCCAAUGUCUAUGGAACGAAACUUAUUACAGAUCCGUCAUGAUUCAAUUAGCGAGGGCUUGUGGACCUGAAUUUAUCCGUUUCAUAAAUAUGGUUAUCAAUGAUGCAACUUUUCUACUGGAUGAAAGCUUGGCCGCUUUGAAAAAGAUUCACGACGUUGAGUUGCUGAUGUCAAAUAAAGAAGAGUGGGCAGCGCUUGGACGAGAAGAGCAACAGCAAAAGGAAGGGAUUUUGGAAGACGCUAAGAGACAAGUGCGGUCAUGGCUAAUCUAUGCAAAAGAUACACUGGAGCUACUGGGAUAUCUUACACGUGAUGCACCACAACCUUUUGCUCAAGAUGUUCUAGGUGAUAGGUUGGCAUCAAUGCUCAAUUACAAUAUCAAGCAACUUUGUGGAAGAAAGUGCAUGGAACUGAAGGUUCGAGACGCUGCGGAGCGCUUCCAGUGGGAACCUCGCAAGCUUGUGGGACAAGUGGUAGACGUCUAUCUCAAUUUAGCAGCUUUUUCGGACACUUUUGCCGAGUUCAUCGCCCAUGAUGAAAGAUCGUACACUCCACAGAUGAUGAAUGAUGUUAUUCGUCGUCUUGUCAGCAAUAACAUUGUGCCCAUCAGUCAGAUAGAAAGAUUCCGCGCUUUGGCGGAGAAAGUGGAAACGUUAUAUAAUAACAAGGCAGCAGAGGAGUUGGAGUUGGAAGACGCACCAGAUGAAUUUAAAGAUCCAGUGAUGGACACUCUCAUGGAGGAUCCUGUUCGUUUACCCUCCGGUCAUAUCAUGGAUCGAAAACAUAUCUUACGCCAUUUGCUGAGCAGUCAGACGAAUCCAUUCAAUCGCGCACCGUUGACCGAGGAUGAGCUCGAACCACUUCCCGAGCUGCGGCAGCGUAUUCGUAGCUGGGUGAAGGAAAAGCUUGGCAGAUAAGAUGAUGCUUCAUUCUUAACCGGUUUGCAUUACUCGUUUAUACUGACUAUCCUGCAUUUCCUGGUUCUGAUAACCGAUGUAAAAAUUUCCUGCUCAUGGCAAACUCUGCAUCAGUUGCUACUUGAGCACCUCAUCUACGCUACGUGAGCACAAACAGUUUAUGCUUUCUUCUUCAGUCUUUGUUCGCGCUACCUUCUCUAACCAGCAUUGGUUAGAUUUAUUCUAUACCAGUAUCGACCAGAAUAGCUGCAGUGUUCCUGUAUGUCGUUUUUUUUUUUGCAAUUCUGGAUUGUGUAUAAAGUGUGAUUAGCUUGCAUUGUGGGCGUGACUACGCUGACCAAAACUUAACUUCUGUGGUCCUUCGCUUCUACCUGUUUACCCACUCUUGUGUAGUGGCAAGAACGCUGCAGUAGCUACUAUUAUUGCAGUCUAUCGAAUCUUUGCAACUGGUAAAUAUACUGAAAUUCUGAUUGGAUGUUAUUUUUCGACGGUAUUGUAGCUGUAUAAUACAUCUAUCAUACAUACAUUGAGACACACACCUGCAAAAGAGUUAUGUAGCAUGACCUUGAGCUCGAUUCUGUUCUCUUGCCUGAAGACAUAAAUUUGUGAAAAGAUUGUUCCAAAGUUGCCUAGCCAAGUCACGUCCACAUAAAUAUCAUAUUUCUUGCAUAACUCUAGCAGGACUUUGUCUGCUAGUCCAUUCGAAUCGAGACCAGAGUACUGAUUCUGGCAGUGUGCUCGUGCACUCCUUGGUUAUGCCCAC